AUGAAGUUUAAACGUAAAUAAAUUAAAAUUUCGUUUGUUUACUGUGUUUUAGUUUUGUUUUAUUUGUUUCUAAAUCGCUAUAAACGGUAGUUAUAUGUGUUUUCAUCGUUCCACAAGCUUCUAACAAUUCAUACGCCCAUCAAUGAAAAAUGUCGAACAAAAUUGUUAUGAAAAAUUCUCAUGACAACACCAAAGUAGAAGUAAAAAGCAAGUUCGAUGCCGAAUUUCGAAGGUUCUCAUUGGAACGGAACUCCCCCCUUAAGUUCGAGGAGUUUCGAGCACUAAUCGAACGGUUACAUCGAUUAAAGGAUAUCACAUUCCUGGUUUCCUACAUAGAUCCAAGCGACCAGGAUUUGUUGCCAAUCAACAAUGAUGACAACCUUCGUCGUGCCUUGGUUAACGCCAAGCCACUGCUCAGGAUUAUCAUACAGAGAAAAGGCGACAGUCUAGAGGAACUAAAUGGCUACGGAACAAUGAAACAUCGCAACAUCAUUUCCGCAAUACUCGGAGGUGGUACGCCGGGGAGGGUCAAGCCGCUCGCAAUCUCCAAUCCCCACGACUUUCGGCAGGUGUCUGCUAUCAUAGAUGUGGAUAUAGUGCCGGAGACAUGCAGACGUGUUCGUCUGCUGAAACACGGUUCGGACAAGCCAUUAGGAUUUUACAUCCGGGACGGCACCAGCGUUAAAGUGACGCAGAACGGUCUGGAGAAGAUACCUGGCAUAUUCAUUUCUCGAUUAGUGCCCGGAGGAUUGGCCGAGUCGACAGGCUUGUUGGCGGUCAACGAUGAAGUACUAGAAGUGAAUGGCAUCGAGGUGGCUGGGAAAACUUUAGAUCAAGUAACGGACAUGAUGGUUGCGAACAGCUCCAACCUAAUCAUCACGGUCAAGCCGGCUAACCAAAGAACUGUGGGUCCCGUGCGCAGAGGCAGCUUCGGUCGGAAUUCGCAACUGAGCAGCGGAUCGCAUCAGAGUCACACCACGCAAGGCUCCGACGCUGAUGACAAGUACGACCAAGACGAGAUUGUGGACUUAACGGGGGCUAAUUUGGAGGAUAGCGGUAGUGCAAAAGACGACACCAUUUUGCACUUCUGAUAAGUAUCCUUGUGUUCUUUCGUUCCAUGUGGACAUUCCGUGCAGAGCAAUACGACCAAUAAGUAGUCAUAUCAUAAUUUAUUCAUUUUAAUCGGCGGAUAAGUCCAAACGAGUGAUAGAUAAAGGCUUUAUUUUUUACAUAAUCAUGGCUACUUGUGCACCAGGUGGAAGGUGGUUUAUCAUGUGUGAGGCUCAAAAGGAAUACUCCCAAUUAUAUUUGCACGUAACUUUGUUUUAACUUUAGUGUAGCAUUUGAUUGAUAUAUAAUUUUAUUUAUUUAAUUUAAUGUAUCCAUUAAAUAUUCUCUCACUUACCGGUCGAUCUAUUAAUAUUUUACUCGAAUUUAUUACAUAUUUUUAACUUAAAGAAGAAUAUUAUUAGUUGAAUUGUCUCGAAUUAUAUAUAGCAUGUUACAUUUGUUUAUUAUAACAAAAAGAAAUCGGUACAAGGCUACACUAAACGUUUCUUCUUUAUAUUUAUUAUAUUUUAGGUCAAAAAUUCCGAAUUUAACUUUUGACCAGCCUUACACUCAAGUACUUAACUAAAGAAACAUAUAAGACUUACAACUUACAUUCCGUUAGAAUAUUUUUAUAGUGCUCUACAAUUGUAUUCCAUUUUAUAAAUGCGGCCUUGAAUAUCUACAUUUAAAUGACAACUAAACUAUUACUUAAGAUAUUAAGGUUGAACAACAUAUUGUCUAUUAUAUUAAUUAUGAUAAAACCAUUAUGUAUAUGUAAUAUUUUAUUGUUUAACGCAUUUAUGCAGUUUUAUUUAUAUAGUUUUAUUAUUGUAUUAUUGAAAUUAAGUAUUUAAUCGUUUACAGAAUAUACAAAAUUUAUCAAGUUUGUUAAAAUAAAUUUAUGUAUGUACAGAGUGAUGAAUGUGUAACAAAAAUCAGUAUUCAUUAUAUAAAUUACUUAACAGCUAUGGUUAGUUCAUAAGGCAGCCGAUAACUAUAUUGUAGUUUUUUUUUCUAUUCAUUUAUACACAAAUUAAUUUUGCUGCCUGGAUACAGACUGCCAAAAUUAAGAUCAAUCAAUUUGAAUAUAUUUUUAAGCACAAUAUUGACGUCCGAAAGUACGAUUAAUUAUUAAAUGGAUCAACAAAAUUGUGUUUGUAUAAUACAUAAAUUUAUAGAUCUGACAAUUGAAGUCUGUAUCAAAUCGAGCAGUGUAUAUAUUACUUUAAGUACCUUUAUAAUUUUAUAUAUUUUUAUUUACAGUUGUCCUGGUCAUAAUGCAUGGCCAUUUAUACACUGAAUCUUUUUAAUCUUACGAGUUAAAAACGUGCCUUUUUGUAUAUUCUAAAACAAUCUUGAAUAGUUGAGGUCCGUCCCUAAAUGAUGCCUUAUGUAGAUGAUUUGCUUCAUGUACUUCAAUAUUUUACAUACUUUUGCAAAAGGUACAUUUCCAUGCAAUCAUGUAUUAUUGCAUCACAUAUGUACUUAUUAAAGUUAUUAGAAAUAUAUAUUUCAAGUUGA